CGCCGUCGACCUUCUACCGCCCUUGUUUCCCUUCAGCGCCGAACCGACGACACAUACGCACGCACACACAUAUACACACAUAGGUACAAUCCUCUCUCCACAUGCGAGGCGCCGAAUAUCUUGUCUCCUCCGAACAUGUUUGCGGUUUCCUCUAGCUCCCCACACAACUUUGCCUUUUUCCGAAGCAGAAGGAAGCCCACCCCGCGCCCGCGCAACAAUCGACCACAGACCGCUUCUUGAACACCGCUUUGGGUAGACAGAUAGACAGACAGAUAGACCCAAUCGCCACCAUUCUCUUUCGAGCCUUUUGCGUUCGUUAGCCGCCCAUCAUGCCUGGGCUUCCAGCUUCGGUCGAUCUGGAUGAAUGCAUAUCCCGCUUAUAUAAGAAAGAACUCCUGGCCGAGUCCGUCAUCGAGGCGAUAUGUGCCAAGACGAAAGAGCUGCUCAUGCGGGAGAGCAACGUCGUCCACGUCAGGGCCCCCGUCACCGUCGUCGGCGAUAUCCACGGCCAGUUUUACGACUUGAUCGAGAUAUUUAAGAUCGGCGGUUGGUGUCCCGACACUAACUACCUAUUUCUCGGCGAUUAUGUAGACCGCGGCAUGUUCAGCGUCGAGACCAUUUCCCUGCUCGUCUGCCUCAAGCUUCGAUACCCCAACCGUGUGCAUCUGAUCCGGGGCAACCACGAGUCGCGCGGCGUGACGCAGUCGUAUGGGUUCUACACGGAGUGCUCGCGCAAGUACGGGAACGCCAACGUGUGGCACUACUUCACGGACAUGUUCGACUUCUUAACGCUCUCGGUCGUGAUCAAUGACCAGAUCUUCUGCGUGCACGGCGGCCUGUCCCCGUCGAUCCACUCCAUCGACCAGAUCAAGAUCAUCGACCGCUUCCGGGAGAUACCGCACGAGGGCCCCAUGGCCGACCUCGUCUGGUCGGACCCGGACCCCGAGCGCGACGAGUUCUCCCUGUCCCCCCGCGGCGCCGGCUACCAGUUCGGCGCGCGCGUCGUCAAGAAGUUCCUCGCCGUCAACGGCAUGAGCCACAUCCUCCGCGCCCACCAGCUCUGCCAGGAAGGCUUCCAGGUCCUCUACGACGACCAGCUCAGCACCGUCUGGAGCGCCCCCAACUACUGCUACCGCUGCGGCAACAUGGCCAGCGUGCUCGAGGUCAGCGACGCCGGCGAGCGCUUCUUCAACGUCUUCGCCGCCGCCCCCGAGAACGACCAGCAGAAGGACAUCCAGCAGGCCGGGGAGAAGACCGCGGAUGGAAACGCGCUCCCGGAUUAUUUCUUAUAACAGGAAACAAAAAGCAGAAACAUCAUAUCGGUUCGAUCCGAGGAUUUGUAUAAGCAGGCUUAUUAUUAUCAAGCACAUACACACACAUGCGCACACACUACACACACAAACCAUCAGGUUAGGUUAGGUUAGGUAGGCAUACCAUUACAUUAAAGAUACCUCGAUAUACGGCAGUAGUAGGUAGAAGGAGAGACUUGAAGAAGAAAUACCCCCCCUUUUUCGUUAUGAGCCGUCGUAUUCAUUCAUCUUACAUAGAAAUCCACCUCUCCAUGCCGUCAAAGGCUUGAAAGAUAGGGGAAAAAUAAAAAAGAAAAGAAAAAUCAUUUCCUGUCGGAUGUUUGCAUUAAAAAAGAACAAAAGAAUUGCGAGUUGUGGCAAUAGGUAAUUGUUUU